AUGAAUGCGAUCCAGCAACGGUGCCGGCCAAAGCACCAGGUCCUCGUCUUGAAAUGCUACCCGCGCACUACAAAGGGCGCCGUCGAUGUCAAGCCGAAUUCGAGCGAGUUGAGCUACCUGCUGUUCUACGCACAGUCGCGUCGGUCCAAGAUCCAGAAAGUGGGCAGCUUCUUGGAAAAGAAGACGGCCAGCGAUGUAUACCGCCUGAGGAUAGGGAACGUCCAAGUCACGCUUCAGAUCCUAACCGCCCUUAUGGAGAAAGCGGGCAAAGACUUCCCGCUGCUCGCAUCAUGCGUUCUCAAGGUCCUGGAGCUAAUCCUCAAAUCCAACGACAUCACCAUGGUUGAGUCAUCGAUACCGACUUUCGAAGCCUUCUGCGAGAAUCAUGACCCAACGUCGCUACUGGGCGACCAGGCCUAUUUGCGACAGUACCUGGCCGUAGCUGAUCAGUAUGCCUCGCUCGCCUCCACUCGCUUAUCUCCCGGGAAGGUACAGCCGAGUAAGCCCAUCGCGCUGCGGUGGAGGAACGCGGGACUCGCAGCUAUACGGAGUAUCGCCUCUUCUGAUGCGCUUUCGUCUGCCACGAACCGGCAGUACGAUGCGGCCGUCCCCAUGAUUUUGGAGAAUCUGUGGACCGACAACGAAGACUUCCUAGACGUGUUGCUGCAGCGGGCCGAAGGGGACGAAAAGGGCGACCCAGCGCCCAUGAAGAGGAGGAUGAGCAUUGCCACUGUGCGAACGGCGGAUACAUUCGAGGGGAAUCCAAACCCGAUUGCACUUUCGGGAACGGCUGUGGACGUGGAUAAGCUGGAAGAAGAGGACAUUGGCGUGCUGGCAAUGCAGUGCCUUAUGCAGAUUUUCAGUGCCCCUAACCGCUCACAAGUACAUGCCGCUACGGCUGCGCUGCUGAAAUUCACCGAAGAGCGAGUCAACCAGCUCGAGAAUGUUGUCAAGACGAGCACCAGCGGCAAAGACAGUGGCUGGGCGAUCAAGAUGAUCCUGCUGGUUGCCCGCUGGGCUCCAGUGGCGGAUCGAUUCACAAUUCUAGUGACGGCUAUGGGGACGCUCUCCCAGUGCCCUUUGACGGAUGAAAAUCUACGCCAUCACAUCGUUCUUACGGCCAUGAUUGGCGCCCUUUUGCGGUCGGAUAUCAACCUCAUCGGCCUGAGCGUUAUGGACAUCCUACUCCAGCUCAUUGCACAUAUACGGAGGCUCGUCCAGAUGCCAGGGGAUCCGAACAGCAUGAGAAGCGACCCACCACUCCCCGGACAGCCCGACCCGCGUUCGCCCACCACCGUACAGUUCGCCGAAAAUGCAGACCGGAUUGCUGCUCAGCGCAAAGACCUCCUGCUCCGGCUUCAGGAAUGCAUUGGAGAUCUGGCUACGCAUGUCUACUACGCCGAUCAGAUAUCGGACAUGAUCUCGACCAUUCUCCUUAAGCUGAAGCCGUCUAGAUCGAGUAGCACCUCGAGCUCAUCGCCCCAGGGUGAAAAGGCGGAGGCUGUAGCGGCUUCAUCUGUCGACGACCAGCAAAUAGAUUCGCUGUUUGCCCUCACCGUCGCGAAGAUCGCGGCGCUCAGGGCAAUCAAGUCGGUCCUGCUUGUCGCCAAUCCCCGGACAAAGAUGAGCGGCAACUACGCGCUAUCCAGGAAUCAUGUGCCGAUCCAGGUGUGGGAGGGCACGCAGUGGCUGUUCCGGGAUCCAGACGGCCUCGUCCGGAAAGCGUACGCCGACGCAGUCGCAACGUGGCUAGACCGUGAAACAACGAAAGCAGAUGCCCAGGCUAGGGACGAAACGGCUCGGACGACGCUGAGGAAUCGGGACCUUGUUGGGGGGACGCUUGCACGGAGAGUCGUCUCCAGCGCCUCGGCGCGAGGCGACAAACCCAUCAAAGCCCCGCGCUCGCACUUCUUGCAACUCCUCCACGUUGCCAUCUACGACAAUGCCGUCCAGUUUGUCGAGUACGAGACAGACGUUGUGCUGCUUCACGUUUUGCUGGCAAAGCUUGUGAAUCGGCUCGGCGUGAAUGCCGUUAGAUAUGGCCUGCCCAUGAUUUUCAGACUCCAGGAGGACAUUCAGGACGCCGAUACGCCUAUUGCCAAGGUCCGCCUUGGGAGCUUGGUGCACGGCUACUUCUGGAUUCUCACCGAGAAGUUCGACUUUGAGGCAUCGGUUGUAGGAAGGGCGAUCCAUAACGAAAUCGUUCGUCGCCGUAGCAAGCAUUUUUGGGUCGAGGGCAUCUACAUGCCACCCCCGCUCAUGGAGCUGGCAGGGACCCCUGGAAUGGCGAGACCUCAACCAAGGCUCCCUAUCAAGGAAAUCGAGUCAGAGGCGUUGCUCCCCUUUGAUGACCGCCUCGCCUUGGUGGAGAGCGUCUGCCACGGGUAUGAGGAGGCGACAGUCUCGCCGCCCACAAGCCCGGCCGCUAGUCCUGGCCGGAGCUUCUCCCAUCCCGUUAUUGGCUCGUCCCUGAGCACUAUCCCUGCUAUCGAGAUGGAACGCGAGAUUCCUUCCCACUUCCGCGAGCAGAUGCUUGCGGAUUGGUCUCGGGACGCCACCUUGGCUGCCGUCCAGGCGGUCAGCAAGUCGACCUCGCUCAACGGAUCGCGGUCGGGCACCACAGGGACAAAUAAGAACCGCCUCGCGGCAAAUGGCGGGUUGACGGCGAACGGAAAUGGACAAGCUCAUGCAGCUAGGACGCCAUCUCCCUUUGCUAGCAAGGCCAAUCUCCGCCCUUCGUCAUCACCAGCUGGUAAUCCCGGCGCCCCGCCGGCUACCAAGCUCCGUAAAUCAAGCGUUCGCAGCAAUGCAUCGCCGGCUGGAAGGAGCCCCGCGGGCAAGGAGCAAGCUGUAACGUCGGUCGAGCAGCUCAAACUCGUACUGUCGGGUCAUCUGCAGCCGCCGCCUACAAUGCACGGGCUGCAACAUACCGACAGCAGCAGCAGUAGCGACAGUCUUGUCAGUUACGAUAUGACGCCCAGCGAAGUCUCGUUCAACCCUGCCGCCGUGGGAGAGCCCGUGGCGACAGACGAAGUGGAGGCGAGCCAACAGUUGCGGCCUGCGUCUCGUGAUCGGAAACUCCCUAUUCUUGGCGGGCCAUUGAGCUCACAUCCAACGCACGACAGCAGCGCAGACCAGGGCAGCAGUGGCGACGACGGGCCUGUCAAGGCCGUACCGCCCGUACCACCAAUUCCCAGCGGUCUCGAGGGGCGAGUGUCAAAGACCAAGACAUUGCAGGACUACCCAGCGACGCUUCCCAGGCCAGCGACAUCGAAGCGGAGCCUCAAGAGCCGCAGCGGCGAUCGCGGAGUCUCAUCGUCCUGGGGCACUAGCUCCGAGGAGCAUCCUGUGCCAGCGAUGGACCUCCAAUCUCUCUUGAAAGGAAUUGAUAGCCAAGCAGGAGAGCGCAGUUUGGGCACCGUCACAAAGCCGCCGUAUUGA